UGCGGCUCCAACCGCCACAGAGGAAGUUACGGUUAGUUCGUUAGCUGCUAACUCGCUAAAAAAAGUAAACAAGUCUGUUGCAUGAGAUGAGAUUCAACCGCGGCACAAAGUAGCUUUUCAACAAUGAAGGAAGACAAAGAAAACACUCGACCGAAGGAGAGAAAAGUGGAGAUAAAGUGUGAAGAUGGAGAAAAGACAGAAAGAGCCAAAGAAAAGAAGGAGGCCAUGACAAAGAUCGUGAUCAGACGAUUACCGCCAAGUCUGACCAAGGAGGACCUGGAGGAGCAGCUGCAACCCCUCCCAGAGGUGGACUACCUGGAAUUUUUCUCCAAUGACACCAGCCUUUACCCUCACCUCUUUGCAAGGGCUUACAUCAAUUUCAAAAAUCAAGAGGACAUAGUGCUCUUCAGAGAUCGAUUUGAUGGAUAUGUCUUCAUCGACAACAGAGGUCAGGAGUAUCCAGCAAUUGUAGAAUUUGCACCUUUUCAAAAGACUGCCAAGAAAAGAAGUAAGAAAAAGGAUGCAAAAUGUGGAACAAUUGCUGAAGAUCCUGAUUACAAGAAGUUCCUUGAAUUUUACAACGGAGAUGAAGAGAAAUUCACAUCCACACCAGAGACCCUGUUGGAGGAGAUUGAGGCAAAGUCAAAAGAACUUGUAGCCAAAAAGACAACUCCUCUGCUGGACUUCCUGAAGAAUAAACAGAGAAUCCGGGAGGAAAAGAAGGAGGAGAGAAGAAGGAGGGAACUGGAGCGCAAGCGUCUGCGUGAUGAGGAGCGUCGUAAGUGGAGGGAGGAGGAGAGGAGGAAACGCAAAGAGGCUGAGAAGAUGAAAAGACUUGAGAAACCGCUGGAGAAAGACAAGGACCACGUUAAAGAAGAGCCAAAAAUUAAGCUCCUGAAGAAGCCAGACAGAUGUGAUGAUGUUGAUUCUGAAAAGCCCAAGGAAAAGCCCAAGAGAGCAGAGAAGCCAAAUAAAGAGGACAGAUCCAUGGGGAGUGCUGAUCAGAAGAGGCGUCACAACAUUGAAAACAAGGAGGAUCGAGGGAGGAAAGGCGAAGACGACAGUCGAAAGGAGUUCAGGGAGCGUGACCACGAUCGAGACAGAGAGCGGGAGAAGGAGCGGCGGCAGAAAGAGAAGGAGCGCAUCAGGCGUCAGGACGAGGAUCGGCGGAGGAGGAGAGAACGGCAGGACGGAGAGAACUCCAACAGGAGGCGAGAGGACGAGGCUGAAAAAGAAAAAGCCUCCGAGAAGAAGAAGGGUGAAAACAUGACGGACUCCCCUCACUCUGAGCGGCAUGAGAAGCCUCCCAAAGACAGCAAGCGGGAGGAGAGUGGUAAAAGAGAGCGGCUACGAAAUAAGGACCGGCCUGCCAUUCAGCUGUACCAGCCAGGGGCCCGGAGCCGCAACCGAGCCACAGGAGGAGGAGCUGAAUCCAACUCUGCCGACAGGAAGCCAGAAUCAGAGACUAAGAAAGUGGCCGAGAAAGGAGACGACUGAGCAGAUUUCUACUUACGGCAUUUAAGGUUUGGUGAGGAGAGAGGAGACAGGCCUGAGAGGCUCAGAGCAGCAGGGUGGCGUCUCGGGGCCACGUGCAGUUCAAGCAGGGCUGCAUCCGGCUCUCCAAGUCUCAGAGGCAGAGGUGUGACUGUGGAGCCUCUUAGUGCCUGAACGCAACCCUCUUUAGUUUUAUUUGUAUGGGGAGGCAACAGUAACCUUUGGAAAGAGUUUGGCUGCAGGGCACAUUCGGUGAAGCCAAAGCUUUCUUGGACCAUGUGAACUCAAAGUGACCUUACUUCGGUAUUGUUUCUCUAAAGGAAAAGUGUGAGCUUUCAGAUUGAUCAUCUAAAUCACAGUCUGGAGGUGUAAAAUAACUUACCAGGUGUUUAGCCUUCUAAUGACUCAGUAUGACUGCAUUGCCAAGUUCUUGUUUUUGUUUCUAUACUGUUUUACGUGAGAUUUCUGUUGUAGCAUUGCCAUUGUCAAGUGUACACAUGGGAAUUACAGCCUACUCUGCCAGUGGAGCUCAACUUUUCAUAAUUUGUUGCUCUAAAAUACCUCUGCAACAUAUAUCGAAAGACAUAAUCUGUAGUUGCCUGAUCAGGGUUUUUGUGCGUUUUUCAUCGAUCCACACACUGAUGGAGGAGAAACAGCCAUUUCUGACUAGACUGCCAUGUGACCGCUAUGCCUGCAUGCAGACUCGAGAUGCAGAAGUUGAAUAAUCAGAGUGAUUAACCUGUGGCCUUCCCCCUUCUUUUUCUAAUAUGAAACUCUCCUUAAGUAUUAAUCUGCGAUGCACUAAACUGAAUGCAGCAUGAAAACAUAUCACUGAUGAUGCUAACAUACAGAAGCCACUUUUGAUUGGAAAUAAAAAGAUCUUUGCUUAAA